UUUGGAGGAGGGUCUGGCAAAGCGAGACUAGGAUAUCCCUGACUAAUGAUAGUUUGCAACAUAACAUAACAUUUUUUUUUCAAGACUGACCCUUAACGUUAGGUAUUAUGAAUGCAUUGUCAGGGUCGUCACAAGAAAAUGGCCAGGGUCAGAUAAACCAAUGAACCAGUUGAAAAGACACUCUUGCUCCGAGUUGGGAUAUUUCCGACGGCACUUGAAGGCGGCAGCGUGUUGUGCCUUGCCUCCAGCAGUAGCUAGAUGGCGUCCGUGCCCAAAGCCUUCUCCGACACUGAGACAGCUGAGUCACACAUACAUUCAGCUAGAGACCGAGGUAAAUAGAUAGCUAGUGUGCGAAAAAGAGUCUACAGUCGAGAAAUUGUGGUGAGUACACUGAUUUGGACCCGCAACUGCCUCUGACACCACGUCGAAAGAUGCUGACGAUAACACUGAAGACCCUCCAACAGCAGACGUUCAAAAUAGAAAUAGACCCAGAAUUGACGGUCAAAGCCCUGAAGGAGAAAAUAGAGAAGGACAGAGGAAAAGAUGCAUUUCCUGCUGCAGGACAAAAACUCAUCUAUGCAGGCAAAAUCUUGAACGAUGACACCCGGCUGAACGAUUACAAAAUCGAUGAGAAAAACUUUGUGGUGGUCAUGGUUACCAAGCCUAAACCAGCCCCUCCUCCACAAGCAGCACCUCAGCCAACAGCCCAACCAGCUGUGGCUCCAGCACCAGCACCCGCCUCUGCUUCAGGCCCAGCACCCGCCUCUGGCACAACACUAGAGCCCUCCACACCGACGCAUACAGCGUCUGCGCCCACACCUACCCCACAGUCGGUGCCUCGCUCUGAAUCCCCGCCCCCAGUGCCAGAAAACGCCCCCCUGGCUUCUGUUGAAGCAACAGCAGCUCUGGACUCAAACACAGCCCCGGGCUCAGCUCCAGCCUCGGCUUCAGCUGCUACUCCGGCCUCGGCCCCAGCUCCAGCUCCCAAAGUUGUCCAGACAGCCCCGGCCUCGGCCUCGGCCCCGGCCCCUGCAGACUGCCCCACCGCCACACCAGACCCUCCCCAGCCAGAAGAAAAGCUAAGCCAAGACCCGGAGAAUGAGCCAGCUGCCACUGAAGAAGUCCACUCCAUUGCUUCCAGCCUCGUUGAUGAACUGGGUCUCCUUGAAGAAGCAGCGUCAAUACUGGUGACAGGUCCAGCCUACGAGAACCUGGUGUCAGAGAUCAUGUGCAUGGGUUAUGAGCGAGAGCAGGUAGUUGCUGCACUCCGAGCCAGUUACAACAACCCGGACCGAGCAGUGGAGUAUCUACUCAUGGGUAUUCCAGCAGAGGCCAGUGAUCUGCCGCCUCCGGAGCCAGUUAGACACAGUGCUCCAGCCAACCCCCCCACCCCUGCUACACAAGAACCACUGCAGCCCCCAGCAGCGUUAAACACAGGGCCGGUGUCUGGCAGCCAGCCUUCCCCUGCUCGGGGAGGCUCCGUCUCCACAGAGAACCCUCUGGAGUUCCUGAGGAACCAGCCUCAGUUCCAGCAGAUGAGACAGAUCAUCCAGCAGAACCCGGCCCUCCUACCAGCCCUUCUGCAGCAGCUAGGCAGAGACAACCCGCAGCUGCUGCAGGUACCACACCAGCACACACACCGCGCUACACAAAUCACGCAGCACCAGGAGCGUUUUGUGCAGAUGCUGAAUGAGCCACGAAGCGGAGACACGGAGGGGGACGGGGCCGAGGCCGAGGCUCAGGGGUCACCACAAACCAACUACAUCCAGGUCACCCCGCAGGAAAAGGAGGCCAUUGAGAGGUUAAAAGCGCUGGGCUUUCCGGAAGGCUUAGUCAUCCAGGCUUACUUCGCCUGCGAGAAGAACGAGAAUCUAGCUGCCAACUUCCUGCUACAGCAAACGUGGGACGACGAGUAGCCCAAAACCUCACCUGACACAUCACCGUUCAACAGAGGGCCGCAGAAUAGAUGACAGCCCUACACCAGGUUCCACCAGGGAGGAACCAGAACAGGAGAGGGAAGAGGACUGUUCUUUUUCAUGCCAUGUGACUGUGGUCUAAUUAUGGGGGUGAUGGUGAUGGCGAAGACAAUGCUGUUGAAAGUUAGCUGUGCUGCCCUACCCUCCAUUCAGCCGUGACGAUCAUCAUAGCAGCUCAAAGAUGGAGCUGCGCCUCACUGCUGAUAUCCUAACUGCUGCCGCUUGUGCCAAGUGAUCACACUGAGAGAAGUCAUGCUAGGAAAACAUACCAACGCUCUGCAUCACCUUCUUAGGCCAAACAGGCUUUGAUUUACAGGGUCUCCUCUGCAGUCAGCUCACAGACUGCCUGCAGAAGAUGUGUUAAACUUAGACUACGGUACAUAUACAGUGUAUACUCUACAGCAGGGGUGUCAAACUCAUUUUCCCUUGCUUUUUUGGACACUUUUAUUGCAUUGUCGUCGACAAAUGCCCUACAAAAGUCAGAAAAAAGCCAUCAUAGAGUUUAGCAAAUCAAGAAACACAGUUUCCCGUCUUUUUGGUUUGGCGCACAGCUAGGCUCGCCAAAAUUUAUUGUGAACCUAAACUGAUAUUCGGGCCGGAUAAAAAAUGUCCCCCACACCCCAGGCCUUGAGUUUCACACCCCAGCACUACAGAGUGUAGCUGUCGUGAAUGUAUACAUGACUAAAAACAAUGUGCGUUUGCAAACCCUCCAUGUUGAGUUUACCUGAAAAUGUGAUGCAAACUGUUGACUUCACUGUUUGAGAGCUAGCAUUGCUUUAUACUAAAGUUCAGGUCUGAUCAUUUCAUUUAUUCUGCCUCUGUAUUAUCCUCAGUAAAAAAAAAAAAUUAAAAAAUCUCAAACACUCAAAAUAUCUUAGCUCCAACCAGCACAAAUUUCGGUGGCGUUUUGAUCUUGCAAUAAGCAUGCAGAUGUGAUUGACAUCUGCAAAGUUAUUGAAAUUGCUGCAGGUGAGUUGAAACUUUUCAGCCCAUUCCUACCAGAAAAAAAAGACAAAUGAGAUGAAAUAUUAGGAAUGGAAAUUCAAAAUGUUAAGAUAAUAACUCAUCAUUUUGACUUACUAUCUCAAUUUUGUUGGUGUCAUUAUUUUGACUUAAUAAAAAGAUAAUAAAUGUUGACUUGGUAUAUACAAUUUUGAUUAAGGUCAAUAUUUCUUACUUUUGAAUUGAGUCAAAAUAAAACAUUUGACUUUGAAAGUCUUAUUUUAUUAUUUUGACUCACCAUGAGUAGAUAUUUAUUUUUAUUUAUUACUCUUAACUUUUUUCUUGAUCUUAAAAAAAACAUUUUUUUUUGGCAGAAAUGGGCUUCCAACAACUAAGACAUUCAAAAAUCUGUCCCAACACGUUGCACUCUAUUCUGAACAUAAAAUGAAUUAGUUGUGCAGUCACAGUAUUUUAUGAUUACCUCUUGUCGAGAUUAUGUGUUCUGCGGUAUUAUAUUUUGUGGGAGAAGAGGGGGCCACCCAAAUGCAGCACUCCGCUUUAGUCGCCAUUGUGGUCUUUCACUGUGGAGGGUUUGUUUGAUUUUGCAGAUGAGGGAAUUUGAAGGUUGAUUAUGAAGUGCCACAUAGCAUGCCUUGUGAGCUAAAUAUUUGACUUUAGAAAAGAAAAGUUGUGUUAUAAAUACUUAAUUAGCUGGAAUAAUCGAGCAUAAUUCACUUCCUACUUUCAGACCAUCUGUUUCUGUUCCAUUUGUCUCAUAUCACAUCUAUGCAUCUUAAAGCUGCAAGACUUUGAGCCAUUGCUCCUUCAUGCCUUAUGGUCGGUAAAGACUUGAACAUGUUUAAUUUUACGAAUUGGGAUAUAUAGUUUACAAUAAAGUGGUUUAAUUAUUGAUAAUUAUUCGGUUAUUGUUUCAAAAGUGGACAAAAGGGAAUAAGUGCUAAAGCCAAAACAAUAUUUUUUUCAGCUUUCAGCAUGUAGUUUGCUGUCUCUCCUUUUACUUCUCUAUAUUGUGUUUUAACUGAAAAUGACUGGAAGUGUUGUAUUAUAUUGUAUAUUGGGUAUACAAACUCUAGGGGGGAAAAAGGCACUUUACUGGGACAAAUGCUAUUCUUUAGUUGUGAAGGGUUGUUGGAUGCAUGGGAUUGUUACAGUUAUUUAUAGCAUGGUAGUGGGUUGGAAUGAUGUGUGGUGUUGCUCUCACCUCAGUUUAUCUGUUUUAUCCAUUUUGUCUGUUUUUGUUUUGGGGUUUAUAGAAAGAACACCGGUAGAGGUUAUGCUGAAUAGUUGUGAAAAAAACCUUUUGUUAAAGCAUUGUGUAAAAUAAAUGGCUUUUACAAAGUG